AGGAGCGCGCUGAGCCAAAGUCAGAAGUGAACAGACGCACGAAAGGAAAGAGUGUGGCUGCGGCGGCAGCUAAAACACAAAGGCCUUUUCAUCCCUUUAUCAUCAGAGGAAACAUCUCCACCACUGAUACUAGCGCUCAUCUGAGCUCCGAGUGGAUUGUGUAGGUUUUCUGCGUGUCGCCUGGAUGCCCGUUGACUUGGUGAUCCCUCCUCCGCUGUGGACAGACAUGCACGAGAGCGAGAUGAGGCUGAAGAUGCGCGUCAGGCGCAUCAAGGAAGGACGAGAUCUGAGAGGUGGCUUUGCAGCUUUUUCUUCCUGUUUUCCUGACCUGUGUGAGAGUAAACCAGCCACUAUACUGCCUCUCAGUCUGUCCCAACCCUGUUUACCUGUGGCCAACAUCGGUCCCACCCGCAUUCUGCCCCACCUGUACUUGGGCUCCCAGAGAGAUGUCCUCAAUAAGGAACUGAUGACUCAGAAUGGAAUCACCUAUGUACUAAAUGCCAGCAACACCUGCCCCAAACCUGAUUUCAUCAGUGACAACCACUUCAUGCGCAUUCCCGUCAACGACAGCUACUGUGAGAAGCUGCUUCCUUGGUUGGAAAAAACCAACGAGUUCAUUGACAAAGCCAAGGUGUCAAACUGCAGAGUCAUCGUCCAUUGCUUGGCUGGCAUAUCCCGGUCUGCAACCAUUGCUAUUGCCUACAUCAUGAAAACUAUGGGCCUGUCCUCAGAUGAUGCCUACAGGUUUGUGAAGGACCGUCGGCCAUCAAUAUCUCCAAACUUUAACUUCUUGGGUCAGCUGCUGGAGUUCGAGAGAGGCUUGCAGAUGAAAAAGAGUCUACCCUGUGACCCCAUAAGGUUAUCAGGAAAGACUGAAGAGGUAACAGAGGUCCGAAAGACGGAGCGGCAAACCUCAGAGAGCGAUCACUGUGACCAGCGGUCUCCACAAACCACAGAGAUCACGGUAAAGCCUCCAUCACCUACCUCACUGCAGAAAGACCUAAGCUCCCUUCACCUGUCCACCGAGCGAAUCCUUCAAAACAAACGGCUCAAGUGCUCCUUCUCCCUUGACAUCAAGUCUGUCUACUCCUCGAGCCAAAACCAGCUAUCUUCUCCCAACUCCUUAUUGUCAGACUCUGAAAACAUACCCAAACUCUGCAGACUUGACAGCAUAAAUAACAGCAAUGGCGUAUGCCAGUAUCCUUCAGCGGUGAACCACCCAAGCCCUACAGAGUCACAGUGUAUUGCUGUGACUAGCAAGUCCAGGACGAGCCAGCAAAGAGAGAGGUGGGAAAAUGGUGGCUUGGAGAGGUUAUCCGCAACGACUCUUUCCCUAAAUCUGAAGCAGGGUAAUUGCGGGCCAAGACCCCAGGAUCCCAUUUGCGAGACCAACUCAAAGGCGCCUUCUUUCCUCAGCUUGCCGCUGGGUAAAUCUCCUUCUUGGACCACGCAUAGAGGCUCAAAUGAGGCCACCACCCCUAUCACACCCACGGGCGACUGCCCUUGGUUCUUAGGCCAUAAUUUGGCACCAUCUGGAACGGCUACCGGGAGCUCUCUGCACUUUGGCAGUGGUCCUGCCUAUGCGGCUUACAGUUGCAGUGGCCAAACUGGCAACUCCAAGCCCAGCGUACACCGAAGGGACAAAACGCAAGAGCCACGGGACUUUCAGAACAGCUGGCUCGAGGACGGGAAAGCAGUAGUGUGCAGCGUAUCACAAGUGGACACAAAAUACAAGCGCCGCAGCUGCCAGAUGGAGUUUGAAGAGGGUAUUAACACAACACAAAGCAGCGAGGAAUUUGGGAAGCUGGGCAAGCAGUCCAGUUUCUCUGGUAGUAUGGAGGUCAUCGAGGUAUCCUGACAAAGAUGACAAUCUAACACGAAGGCAAUAACUCUAGCGAAAGCUGUUUAUUUAUUACAGAGUUCUGUUGUUAAAGAGCUUUGGAUCUGGGAGGGACUUGUGUCUGUCGCCUUUUUCACACCAGGGCUGAAAAGGUGUAGUUUAUGUAUUUAGGAAUACAGUAAGCACACUGUCCAUUGGUUUUGCAAAAAGUCAAGUCUCUGGUAUGGUGCUGGACUACAAGUGUUUUUAAGGAACUUAUGCGAAAUGCACUCACACCAAAGACCUCACAGAGUGACCUUUUCUGGCAUGUCAUCCUAUACUCAGAAUGAAGGAGGAUGGAUGGAGGAUAUUUUUCUAGCAUGACCAUACAAAGACAGUAAACAUGAAAGAAUGAAAUGAGCGUGCAAGUGUUUUAAUGCAAAUUAGGGCAGUCACACUUAAGGACUUCUUACCUUCACCCUGAGGGGAACUGUACGAAUGCCCAACUUUGAGAUGAUGUAAUUGCUGUGCGACAUUUAUUUUUUGUCAUUGCCCAAUGUUUUAUUUAGCUAUAAAUUGAGUAAAUAAGGGCAGUUGCAUUCAAUAAUGUCACUAUUCAGUGUUAUACAUUUUAUCAACAAUGUAUUAAAAGAGUGAAAAUAUGAAGUGUAUGUUCAAGCUGAGAUACUCUCAGACCUACUACUGUGCACUGAGCAUGCUCAGAAUGGCUGGCUACCUACAAAAAGACAAGCUGCAUCCAGCAGCACUAUGUACUAAGCUGUAAAUCUAGACGUAUUUACAUAUAUGUGUAAAAGAAAAUUUACUUCAAUUUUAAUGGUCUAUUUAAAGUUUCAUGCAUUGUUGCUUUAAUUUAUUGUAUUGGUUUCAUUCUGGCAAUGAGCAAUAAUAUAUUAUUUGAAAACUU